UGGCGCUGCAACAAUUUUUGUAAUGUAUGCAUUGUGUGUAUAUGCUACCUGAAUUGGCUAGAUGUUAGUUUUGUUUAUACAGUUUAAUCAUUUACAUUUAGGUGUUUUAAUUUCUUUUUAUGUUUCUAUAAAGUGUUUGAAAAGGUUGUAUGAUGUUGUACGCACUUUAACUAAAUGCUGAUAAUGUAUUAAAUAAAUUAAAUAGCAUAUUUAACAUUGAACAGAAAUUCAAAAUUGCAUGGUUGUAUUUUCUCUUGUUGCUAAAUACAUAAUAGUGAAAUGUAUUUAAACUACAUAUACUGAGCACACUGAAUAAACUAAAUAGAGGUUUAAUUAAAUGUUAAUGAGAAAUAUUAAAAUAUUUGUUUGCAUCAUACUGCUAACAUUUUUUUAUACAUCAUAGAAAUGUAAUUUAUGGACUUUUGCUUUUAGAUUUAGACUACUUUUAUUAUGACAUUUCAAUACAUAUGAAAGAAAUAUGUAAUAAUGUAUUUUUAAUCAAAUCGCCAAAAUAUAUCUUAAUAUUUUUACCAGUUGUUUCAUUAAUUAAAUUUUAGAAAAGAAGCAUUAAAAAAUUUCAACAAUUUGCAUUUAUCUGUAUACAUGUAUCUAUUUUGUAAAAAGAAAUGUUAGGGUCAUUUAUGAAAUAUUGUUUCAAUAAUUAAUGUGAGAACCCAUAAAAAUGGCUUCUUCUGAAAUUGAUGAUUUAUUAUCUGGACCAUUGGUGACUUGGUUCACCAGUUGCCUAGAGGAUCCUAAUUCCUUAACCAGUUAUUAUGAUCUAGUAGACGGUGUAUUAUUGCAUAAUGUAUUUUUGCAAAUAGAUCCAGAACCUAUACGUGAUGAAAUAGUCCCUCCAGAAGGAAAUUCAUUGAUUCGCACAAAAAACUUAAGAGCUGUGGUAGAUAAUAUGAAACAGUUUUAUGAAGAGGAAUUAGGACAUUUAGUUCUAAGGUUACCAGAUACAGUAAAUUUAGGCAAAGAACCAGAACAUUAUGUUGCAGAAAUGAAAUUAUUAUUACUGUUACUCCUUGGUUGUGCUGUACAAUGUCCUAAUAAAGAAAAAUUCAUUACAAACAUAAAAACAUUGAAUGUUGACACUCAGCUUGCAAUAGUGGACUGUAUUAAACAAGUAACUGAUCAUCAAGAUAUAGUUAUUACUCAAGAUGCAAUGGAAAAUGUAAAUAUGGGUUGUUUAUUUGGGCAAAUAAAAAAAUUGACUCAAGAAUUGGAUUUGUAUCGUCAGAAAUGGAGAAAUACUGUUAUAAACGAAAACGUCGAAGGAAACGACUCGUCCAUUAGCGGGGAACCCGAAGAAAUAAACAAAAUACAACAAUCUAAUCUUGUUAUUAAAUCAGAAAAUGAAGAUAAUCAUCAUUAUGCAGUUGAAUUAGCUGAUUGGAAAUCAAGAGUUAGAAAACAAAGACAAGAAUUGGAGGAGAAAACUGAAGCUUUAUUAGAAUGUAAAGAAGAACUUGAAUAUCAUAAAAUGUUAGUAAAUAAAUUAAAGCAAGAGAAUCAGGAAUUGAUGCAUGAAGCACGCACAGCAAAAUCUUAUAGAGACGAAUUAGAUGCAGUAAUUGAAAGAGCUGAUCGUGCCGAUCGAUUAGAAUUAGAAGUAGUAAGAUACAGGGAGAAACUUACAGACAUAGAAUUUUAUAAAACUCGGAUAGAAGAAUUACGUGAAGAUAACAGGGUUUUAAUGGAAACCAGGGAAAUGCUUGAAGAUCAAUUGAAUUCGUCACGAAGAAGAGCAGACAAAGUAUUAGAACUUGAGUCUGAAAUUAUUAAAUACAAACAGUUAUUGAAUGACAUGGCAUUGGAACGAGCAGCCGAUAAAGAAAAGUACCAAGAAUUAGUCGAAGAAAACACUCAGUUGCAGAAAUUAACAAAAGCUGCUGCAAAUGAAGCUGCACUAGCUGAUUCUAUAAGUGAUACUGAAGAACCUGCACACACUGAUAACAGAUUAUCCGAGCAAUUGACAAAUAAUGCACAAACAAGAGCAUUAAAAUUAGAAUUAGAAAACCGUCGACUAGUUACCUUAAUAGAUUCCUUAAAAGAAAAUUCAUUUCACGAAAAUUCAUCUCGUGUUCUAGAAUUAGAAAAGGAGAAAAAGAAGCUAUCGUUAAAAAUUGAAUCAUUAAAUGAUAAUAUUGAAAGGUUGACGCAACAAAAUUCAGAUUUGGAAUUAGUAUGGAAGCAAGCAUUGGACGAGAACAAAAAGCUACAUAACUCGUUGAAAAAUCAAAAAGUUGCAUCCGAGAAACAACAACAAGAAUUUCAGGUUCAACAUGUAAAAGUGAUAGAGUUGGAAAAAAAUUACGAUACGGCAGUGAAAGAAAAACAACGAGUUCAAACUUUGUUGGAAAGUGUACAAAGACGUGCAGAUGACUUAGAACGUAAUUUCGAAGUUGCAAACCAGAAAGUUGAAGAAUUAAAAAUUGUUGAAAAUAAUAUAAAAGAAAUUAAUUCCAAGUGUCUUGAUCUUGAGUCAAAACUUGUGGUAACUGAAAAAGAGAAAGACAUAGCACAACGUGAUAUUCAUCGUUACCGGGAAACUAUAGAGGAAAAGGAUGUCGCAUUAGAUAAAGCAGCAAAUAGUAUUGAAGUUUUGGAGAGAAAAGUAAUGCAACUUGAACAGGAUCUUCAUGAUUCUGUUACACAGAUUUCAAGGUUGCAAGAGAUUGAAAGGUCUAGCAAGGAACUGGAUUCGCGAGCUGCUAUUGAUAGAGAAACAUUAGAGAUUUUACAAUCUAAUUUAGUAGCUGAAAAAUUGAACACUCAACAAUUAUAUACUGUUUUAGAGAAACUUGGGUUUAGUGAUAACACGUUGUUGUCACUUCCCUUGGACAAUAUUCUAAAAAAAAUCGCACAAAUUCCGGAAGUCGUUAGUUACGUACAAGAAUCAAAUGAUUCUUGUUGCUGUGACAAAUCGAUACCAGAAUCUAAGACUUUUGAGAGCAAUGAAACUGGUAAUCUUCAUAGCACAUUAGAAGCAACGGUAGAAUCGCUCAAAAAGGAGCAAGAGCAUUUACAAAUGAAAUUAGCUACCGCGCAAACAGCAUCAGAGAAUUUACUAUCUGAACAUGCAAAGCUUCAAGUGCAGAUUACAACGUUACAAUCUCAAAACAAUUCAUUGGCAGCUCAACAUACAGCCUUACAACUUGCCAAUUCGCAGCUUGUCGCUGAAAAAGAAGAAUUGCUGAAACAACGCAGUUCACAACAGCAGACUCAUGCAAAACUUGUUCACGAUCAAGUCACUUUGCAAUCUUUACAUGAACAGUUGAAUAACGAGUAUGAAAAUUUAUUCCAUGAACAUGAUACUCUGAAAUCAAGUCUACGAGAUGUGAAAAAUGAAAUCAGAAUGUUACGCGAGUCUUAUGAAGGAAUCAAAGAGAAAAACAAACUAUUGCAAACUGAAAAAGAAUCAUUAGUAAAUGACGCGAAGAGUUUAAAUAAUUUACGAGGAGAACAUUCGAAAUUAAAGGAUGACUUCCGAAAUUUAUACACUGCUACAGAAAAGUUGAAAAUGGAAUAUAGAAAUUUGCAAGAAGAUUAUAGAAAAAAUAAAAUUGAAACAAAUCGAUUAAGUCUUAAAUUAACAGAGAUGCAAGGAGAACUUAGCACCAAAGAUGAAAGAUGUUCGAAUUUAGAACUUCAAGUGAAUAAACUAAAUCAACGUUGUGAAGUGUUACUACACAUGAAUUCCGGUUUAGAUAACGAUAGACGAUCCUUAAUGGAUCACAUUAGUUUGUUAUUUAGUCAAUAUCAUGAACUUUUAACUCAUUCUCUUGAAGAUAAAGAGCAUUAUCACAUGGAAGAAAAAAUGUAUACAGACACAGUAAAUUAUCUAUACCGACAAAAAGAAAAAUUAGAAGAUAAAAUCAUGGAGCAUUACAAAAAGCUAGAAAGUUGUACUGCAAAAAAGAAAGGAUUUGGAUCGAAUUUAGUACGAAGAGUUCGCAAAGCAUCAGAGUUUCUUAAUAAGAAUCGACGAUCUUGGGCUGAAGAUUCCAAACAUUCCGAAGGAAAAAUAUAUGAAUCGGAAUCUGGAGGAAAUGAUUCCGAUGGUAGUACAGAGGAUCAUAGACUAGCUGGAUCUGCUAGAGGUCUUGGAUCGGACGCAUUGUCCCUUGGUCAUCCGGGAACUAGAAGAACAGUAUAUUAUACGGAUGAUUCGCCGCCACCAUCAGCUAAUUUACCAGAACAAGGAGAUGAUAGACGUUCAAUUUUACUAGAACAAACACCGCGAUCAGAAGUGCAAGUAGAACCUCGACCAGUUUUAAUAUAUAACAAAGUAUCAGCAGUUAUAAAUGAAUCAAAGAAUCUUAAUAAUAGUGAUAUGAAGGAUGUAGAGCAAGAAGAAAUUGUGGAAACUCCUGUUGAUAAAGAUACGAAAGCAGGCAAUCCGGUGUGGUACGAGUAUGGUUGUGUAUGAUUCAACGUUCUUUCCAUUCAUUGUGUGCUUAUCACAAAAUUUGUGCUUUUUUACCGUAUUGUAAUAAUGUAACUCUAUUUUCUAAUCAUUUAAUUAACGAAUGUUUUUUAUAAUUCGUAUUGUAAUUGAAUGUUUCAAAAGACUUUCUACAUGAUAGCAAUUGUAAUUGAGCAUUUACGAGUUCCUAGAAAAGUUUUAUGGCAACAGCGCUUAUUGCCAAUUUAUUUUCAAAUGCAGUAUUUAUUUUACACUUGGUACUUUUAAUAUAUCAUUGACAUGUCUUCAAACAGAUUUUUAUGUAUUUAUAUAUAGUUUAUAAAUAGUUAACUGUACAUCAGCUUGUAUGUAAUAAUGCGAGAUACGCAUUUUCUUUUGAAAACAGCGUAAUUAUUGUGUGUAUAGCGACCUAAAUAUUCAACGAAUAUUACCAAUAUUUAACUUGUUUCUUAUGAUGAACAGUUAAACUAAUUAUACUAAGUCUAUUCUUGCUUUUAUUAGAAGCGAAAAAUAACAGUGACUAUAUUAGAUAAAUGUGUUCUUCUUAAUUAUGCGAAAUUCCAUAUUUUGUUUUAAAUAUUGUAAAUAAUAAUAACUGAUGUAUUCUUUUCAUUAA